AUGGUGGAUCUUGAUUAUGCCCUGAGGCAUGACCUUCCUGCUGCUCUGACUGCUGAAAGCACUACAGAUAAGAAAAUAAAGCAUGAAAAGUGGGAAAGGUCUAACAGAAUGUCUCUUAUGGUUAUCAAGAAUUUCAUCUCAAGUGCCAUUAGGGGAGCUAUACCUGAUUCAGAAAAUGCCAAAGAAUAUCUGAAUUCAGUUGAGGAGCAAUUCAAGGGAUCUUCUAAUGCACAUGCGAGUUCUCUAAUUUUGAAGAUGCUUACCACAAAAUAUGAAGGGACUAGUGGUGUGCGUGAGCACAUAAUGAUGAUGAGCGACAUGGCCCAUAAGUUAAAGGGAUUAGACAUGGAAAUAAGCGACGGUUUUCUAGUACACUUCAUCAUGACUUCUCUUCCUGCACGUUUUAAUGCUUUUAAGAUCAACUAUAACACUCAGAAAGACAAAUGGACAAUGAGUGAGUUGAUAGCAAUGUGUGUGCAGGAAGAGGAACGUUUAAAACUAGAGCAGCCAGAAGUUGCUUAUAUCGCUACCACUAAGUCAGUGAAAAGGAAGGGAAAUUUUAAAGGGUAA